CACUUUCCUGUUUACACAGAGGAAUUUCCUGUCCAGAGAUGUGAUUUGUGGACUACCAGAAGUCAAGCUGGCUUUGCACACUGAGGAUGAUGGUUUAGUCUGCACUUGUUAUCGUUUUAUCUCAACAGUUAAACAGGAAGACGGAGGACGUGUGUGUAUCCGCGUGUACUGGCGGCGGAAGGUCAGGUGACAAAUGCAAAUGCAUACUGUAGUUACUUGCUACUCAGAUAGAGAAGACGACGACGGCCAUGUUUACAGCGCCAGCAGAGGUCAAACUGUGAAAGAUAAGAAGCGGUCUCCCCCUUCCAGCAGACCCCCCACCGGCCCACAACGCAACCCUCACCACAGCACCUCUGCAGACGAACACGAGAGUCCUGAAAGAGUGGAGCAGAAGGAGAAGCUCCAUGCAGAGUUGAAGCAGGUGCUGAGUCAGAAAAGAAGUCAAUUGAGAGCGUCCACCUGCCGACUGGCCCAACCAGAGAUGGACCCCGAGCCUUCUAACGGGCAAACAGACCAGGCAACAGCAGAAGCCGCCGAGCCUCCAGUGGAGAUCGUGGUGGAGACGGAGGCCGAAGCCGGAGCUAGCGGCUACAGCGUGACCGGCGGUGGCGAGCAAGGCAUUUUCAUCAAAGACGUUCUCAAAGACUCACCAGCCGCCAAACAUCUCAGCCUGCAGCAAGGUGACCAGCUGCUCAGCGCCAAGGUUUACUUUGACAACGUACGCUAUGAAGACGCUCUUAAGAUCCUCCAAUGUGCCGAACCCUACAAAGUCAGCUUCCUGGUCAAGCGGACAGUCCACGGACAGGAGGUCUGUAUGCGACCCCGCCUACCCAGUGUGGAUAUCAAGGGUCCUAAAGCCAAGAUGGCCAAAAUGAGCGUGAAGGGCAUGAAGCCUUUUAAGGCCAAGAAGAAGCGAGGCGGUCGCUUCGGUCUGAAGAGGCUGAAGGAGAAACGGCGUGAGGAGCUGGUGAUUGAAGGAACGCCUCCCUGGCUGGAAAUGAGCGACGUGGAUGUAGAAUUCUGCCUACCCAAAUUCAAAAACAGACGGAGUGACCACCUGGAGGCAGAAGGGGGGGCUGCGGUCAAGGCAAAGAGGAAAAUCAGAUUUCCUCGGAUGAAGACGAAAGGUCAGAGUGGAGGAAAAGAGGACAGUGGAAGACUGGAGGCAAAGGGGAAGUUUUCACCAGCUGAGAUUCCUGGAGCCAAAGUGAAAGCCAAAGGAAAAGCUCCCAAGUUUGGAAUCAACUUGCCUGUGAGCAAGGAUGCCAAGUCUGUAUCGGUGGAACUGGAGAAGCCGGACGUUAACAUCCCGCCGCCAUCUUUAGAGUUCAGUCUGCCUGCUGCGAAAGUUGUGGAUGUGGAGUUGGGGGGACCGUCGUUGAGUUCCCCGGAUGUGGAGUUCGCGCUCCCUUCCAGCAAAGCUGCUGCAUCUUUGCCCGCUGGAAAGGUGGAAAUUAAAGCUCCAAAAAUUGAAAUCAAAGGAGGAGAUGCUGAAGUUGACAUAGAAAAAGGCAAAAGUGACGGAAAACUACGAAUGCCAAAGUUGAAACUUCCCAAAAUGCGACUCUCGCGUCAUUUGGAUGAAAUUGACGACGACAAAGGGAAGGUCACAGCAAAAGCAGACAUUAGUAUUCCGAAAGUGGAAAUAACAGGGGGCGUUCCAUCAAUUCAAAAGCCUUCUGUUGACAUCUCUUUACCAAAAGUCAAAGGAAAAACUGACAUCAAUGUAAAAACGACAAUCAAGAAACCUGCAAUAGACAUUUCUGUGCCGGAUGUAGAGCUGUCUGUUGGGAGACUUCCAGAUGAAGUGGAGGGCACUUUCAAAGGACAAGAAAUAUCGAUGCCUGCACAUGAUAUUUCAUUACCAACGAUGGAAUCCCCUGAACUGGAUGUUGAAGGCACAGAAAGCAGAAGUAAAUUCUGUCUCCCUUCCGCUGAUGUUGGAGUAGACAUGAGUCAUUACAUAGGUGGAGAUGGAAAGUUCACCUUACCGAAUUUUGAUGUAUCCCAAUCACAAAAUGUUCAAAGACCAGAUGUUGAAGGAAGCUUCAAGUUGCCGAGUGUGGACUUGUCGCUUCCCAAAGGCAAAGAAGUGGACGUUGAGCUGCCAGAUGUAGAUAUUUCUUUACCCAAAGUCAAUCUUCCGGAAGGUGAUGUCAAACUGAAAGGUCCAAAACUGAAAGGAAGAAAGUUAGAAAUGCCAGACAUCAAUGUCUCACUUCCCAAAGGAAAACUCGAUGGUAGCAUUGCUCUUGAAGGCCCUGAUAUCAAAGGAGGAAAGUUCAAAAUGCCAACAUUAGAUGUUUCAUCCCCGAAAGUCAAUCUUCCAGAGGGUGGUGUCAAACUAAAAGGCCCAAAACUUAAAGGAGGAAAGAUGGAAAUUCCAGAUGUCGAUGUCUCACUUCCCAAAGUUGAGGGUGAUUUUGACAUUGAAGGAGCAAAGUUCAAAAUACCAACAGUUGAUGUUUCUUUACCAAAAGUCGAUCUCCCAGAAGGUAGUGUUAAAUUAAUAGGUCCAGAGGUCAAGGGAAGAAAGCUGGAAACACCUGACGUUGAUGUCACAAUUCCAAAAGUUGAGGGUGAUAUUAAUCUUCAAGGUCCAGGCGUCAAAGGAGGAAAGAUCAAAAUUCCAAAAUUUGAUGUUUCUUUACCAAAGGUCAGUCUUGUGGAAGGUGGAGUUAAACCAAAAGGUCCACAUAUAAAAGGAAAAAUGGAAAUUCCAGAUGUUGAUGUCUCGCUUCCCAAAGUUGAGGGUGAUUUUGAAAUAAAAGGCACUGAUGUGGAAGGGGGAAAGUUCACAAUGCCAACUUUUGAUGUUUCUUUACCAAAAGUCAGUCUAUCAGAAAGUGAUGCUAAAUUAAAAGGUCCAGAAGUCAAGGGAGGAAAGAUAGAAAUGCCUGAUAUCGAUGUCUCACUUCCCAAAGGAAAAUUUGAAGGCGGUGUUGAGUUUGAAGGCCCUAAUUUUAGAGGAGGAAAGCUCAAAAUGCCAACAUUUGAUGUUUCUUUACCAAAAGUUAAUCUUCCAGAGGGUGGUGUCGAACUAAGAGGUCCUGAUUUCAAAGGAAAAAUUAAAAUUCCAGAAGUUGAUGUCUCAGUUCCAAAGGGUGAAGGAGAUUUUGAUAUUCAAGGCCCCGAUGUCAAAGGAGGAAAGUUCAAAAUGCCGACGUUGGAUAUUUCUUUACCAAAAGUCAGCCUUCCAGAAGGCGGCGUUAAAUUAAAAGAUCCAGUAUUCAAGGGAGGAAAGAUGGAAAUGCCAGAUGUUGAUGUCACACUUCCCAAAGUUGAGGGUGAUUUUCAUCUACAAGGCCCUGAUGUCAAAGGAGGAAAGUUUAAAAUGCCAAAAUAUGAUGUUUCUUUACCAAAAGUCAAUCUUCCAGAAGGAGAAGUUCAACUGAAAGGUCCACAAAAAAUGGAAAUGCCAGACAUUGAUGUCUCAGUUCCAAAAAUUAAGGGAGGUUUUGACAUUAAAGGCCUUGAUGUCAAAGGAGAAAAGUUCAAAAUGCCAACACUGGAUGUUUCUUUGCCAAAGGUUAGUCUUCCAGAGGGAGGUGUCAAACUCAAAGGCCCAAAAAUCAAAGGACAGAUCGAAACUCCAGAAGUUGAUGUCUCCGUUCCGAAGGUUGAGGGAGAUUUUGAUCUUGAAGGCCCUAAUAUAAAAGGAGGAAAGUUCCAAAUACCACCAUUAGAUGUUUCUUUGUCAAAGGUUAGCCUUCCAGAAGGUGGGGUCCAACUAAAAGGUCCUGAAUUCAAGGGAAAAAUGAAAGUUCCAGAUGUUGAUGUCUCAGUUCCAAAGGUUGAAAGAGAUUUUGACAUUGAAGGCCCUGAUGCCAAAGGAGGAAAAUUCAAAAUGCCAACAUUGGAUGUUUCUUUACCAAAAGUCAGUUUUCCAGAAGGUGGUGUUGAAUUUAAAAGUACAGAAUUCAAGGGAGGAAAAUUGGAAAUGCCAGACAUUGAUGUCACACUUCCCAAAGUUGAGGGUAAUGUUAAUCUUCAAGGUCCUAAUGUCAAAGGAGUAAAAUUCAAAAUGCCAACGUUGGAUGUUUCCUUACCUAAAGUCAAUCUCCCAGAGGGUGACGUCAAACUAAAAGGUACAGAACUUCAGGGAAGAAAGGUCGAAAUGCCAGACUUAGAUAUUUCACUUCCUAAAGGAAAAGCUGAAGGAAAAAUAGGAAUUGAAGGGCAAGUUGGCAAAGGAGGGAAGUUUCAUAUGCCUUCUGUCGAUAUUUCUCUUCCUAAGAUGAAAACUAAAAGUCCAGAGAUCAAUAUUGAAGGCCCCGAAUUUAAAGGUGGAAAAGUGUCCGCCCCAGAUGUAGCUGUUUCUAUUCCAAAGGUUGAAGGUCCUGAAGUUAAUCUUCAGAGUCCUGAUGUCAAAGGAGGAAAGUUUAAAGUGCCAACUUUCGAUGUGUCCUUACCCAAAGUCAGAAUCCCUGAAGGCGGUAUUAAACUAAAAGGUCCAGAAAUCAAAGGAGGAAAGAUGGAAAUGCCAGACGUUGAUGUUUCAGUUCCUAAAUUUGAAGGUGAUGUUAAUCUACAAGGCCCUGAUAUCAAAGGAGGAAAGUUCAAAAUGCCACAUUUGGAUGUUACUUUGCCAAAAGUCAGUCUUCCAGAGGGUGGUGUCAAACUAAAAGGUCCUGAAAUUAAAGGAAAAAUGCAAAUUCCAGAUAUUGAUGUCUCAAUUCCAAACGUUGAGGGAGAUUUUGACAUUGAAGGCCCUGAUGUUAAAGGAGGAAAGUUCAAAAUGCCGACAUUGGAUUUUUCUUCACCAAAAGUAAAUCUUCCAGAAGCUGAUGUUAAACUAAAAGGUCAAGAGCUUGAGGGAUGCAAGAUUGAGAUGCCAGAUUUAGAUAUCCCCAAAGGGAAAGCUGAAGGAAAAAUAGGAAUUGAAGGGCAAGUUGGCAAAGGAGGAAAGUUUCAUAUGCCUUCUGUUGAUCUUUCUCUUCCUAAAAUGACAAUUAAAGGUCCAGAGAUUAAUAUUGAAAGCCCUGAAUUGAAGAGUGGAAAAGUCACUACUCAGAAUGUAAACCUUUCCCUUCCCAAGGUUGAAGAUGACCUGAGUCUUGAAGGUCCUGAUGUAAAAGGAGGAAAGUUUAAAAGGCCAACCUUUGAUUUGACUUUACCCAAAGUCAGUCUUCCAGAGGCUGAUCUUAAAAUAAGAGGUCCAAAAGUCCAAGGUGGAAAGAUGGAAAUUCCAGAAACCGAUGUCUCAUUUCCAAAAGGAAAAAUUGAUGGGGGAUUCACUGUUGAAGGUCCUGAUAGCAAAGGAGGAAAGUUCAAAUUGCCUACAUUGGAUGUUUCAUUGCCAAAGGUCAACCUCCCAAAGUUUGAUCCAGAUUUGGAAACGCCAAAUAUCAAAGGACAAGUUGAAGUGCCAAGUGUAGAUAUUUCUCUUCCAAAAGGAAAGGUUGAGAGCGAUCUUGGCAUUGAAGGCCCUCGUGUCAAAGAAGGAAAGUUUAAAAUGCCACAAUUGGAUGUUUCUUUGCCAAAAGUGAGUCGUCCGGAGGUUGGUGUCAAACUAAAAGGUGCAGAAUUUAAGGGAGGAAUGAUGGAAAUUCCAGACAUUGAUGUCUCACUUCCCAAAGUUGAGGGUGAUCUUGAUAAUAUAGGACUUGAGGGAAAAGGAGCAAAGGUAAAAAUGCCAACGUUUGACAUUUCUCUGCCAAAGGUUAGCCUGCCAGUGGGAGGUGUCAAGCUGAAAGGUCCUGAACUUGAGGAAAGGAAGAUUGAGAUGCCAGAUUUAGAUAUUGGAUUCCCUAAGGGAAAAGCUGAAGGAAAAAUAGGAAUUGAAGGGCUUGUUGCCAAGGGGGGAAAAUUUCAUAUGCCCUCUGUUGAUCUUUCUCUUCCUAAAAUGAAAACUAAAAGUCCAGAGAUUAAUGUCGAAGGUGUAGAAUUUAAAGGUGGAAAGGUCCCCACCCCAAAUGUAGAUUUUUCCCUUCCAAAAGUUGAAGGUGACCUGAGUCUUGAAGGACCUGAUGUUAAAGGAGGAAAGAUAAAAAUGCCAACACUUGAUGUUUCUUUACCAAUUGUCAAUCUUCCAAAGGGUGGUGUAGAACUUAAAGGUCCAGAGCUCAGGGGAGGAAACAUGGAAAUACCAGACGUCAAUAUCUCACUUCCCAAGGGAAAAGUUGAGGGUGGUGUGGAACUCGAGGGCCCAAAUGUCAAAGGAGGAAAGUUCAAAAUGCCUUCAUUGGAUGUUUCCUUGCCAAAAGUAAAUCUCCCAAAAGCUGAUUCCCAUUUGGAAGCACCAAAAGUUAAAGGAAAAAUAGAGAAACCAAGAGUGGAUAUUUCACUUCCAAAAACAAAAUUUGAGGGAGAUAUUGAUAUUGAAGGUCCAGAUGUAAAAACAGGAAAGUUUAAAAUGCCAACAGUUGAUGUUUCUUUGCCAGAUGUCAAACUUCCAGAGGGUGGGGUCAAAAUAAAAGGUCCAGAACUCAAGGGAGCGAAGAUUGAAGUUCCAGAAAUGGAUGUCUCACUUCCUCAAGGACACCUGCCUGCAGGUGUUGAUAUUCAGGGCCCUGACAUCAGAGGAGGAAAGUUUCACAUGCCUUCUGUUGACCUUUCUCUUCCUAAAAUGAAAUCAAAAGGUGCAAAUAUCAAUAUCGAGGUUCCUGAUGUUAAAGGUGGAAAAGUCACAAUGCCGACAGUUGACAUUACUCUUCCCAAAGUAGAAGGAGAACUGGAUCUUAGCUCCCCUGAUCUCAAAGGAGGACAGGUAGAAAUGCCAAAAAUUGACAUUUCUUUACCAAAAGUCAAUGUUCCAGAAGGUGGUGUCAAAGGUCCAGAACUCAAAGGAAAGGUUGAAAUUCCAGACCUUGAUAUUUCACUUCCAAAGGUCGAAGGGGAUUUUGACUUUGAAGGCCCUGAUGUCAAAGGAGGCAAGUUUAAAAUGCCUAAACUUGAUAUGUCUUUGCCAAAGGUCAGUCUUCCAGAGGUUAGUGCCAAACUAAAGGGUCCAGACUUUGAAGGAAGGAAAACUGAUGUCUCAUUUCCCAAAGUUGAAGGAAAUCUGGAUGUUGAAAGCCCUGAUGUUAGAGGAGGAAAAUUCAAAAUCCCAACAUUUGAUGUUUCUUUACCAAAAGUCAACCUUCCUGAAGGGGGUUUUAAACUCAAAGGUGAAGAAUUCAAGGGAGGAAAGAUGGAAAUACCAGACAUUGAUGUCUCACUUCCCAAAGUUGAAGGUGAUGUUAAUGUUCAAGGGCCUGAUGUCAAGGAAGGAAAAUUCAAAAUGCCAACGUUGGAUGUUUCUUUACCAAAAGUCAAUUUUCCAGAGGGUGGUAUCAAACUAAAGCGCCCAGAACUCAAGGGAAGAAAGAUGGAAAUUCCAGACGUUGAUAUAUCACAUGAAAAAGGCAAAGUUGAAGCAGGUGUUGAUCUUGAAGGUCCUGGCAUCAAAGGAGGAAAGUUCAAAAUGCCAAUAGUUGAUGUGUCUUUACCAAAAGCCAAUCUUCCAGAGGGCGGUAUCAAACUAAAGGGGCCAGAGUUCAGUGGGGGAAAGAUUGACAUGCCAGACUUUGAUAUAUCAUUCCCCAAAGGAAAAGCAGAAGGAGAAGCAGGAAUUGAAGGCAAAGUUGGCAAAGGAGGAAAGUUUCACAUGCCCUCAGUAGAUAUUUCCAUCCCUAAAGUGAAAACAAAAGGCCCAGAGAUCAAUUUUGAAGGUCCUGGAAAAGUCACUACGCCAACAAUUGAUGUUUCUUUACCAAAGGUCAGUGCUCCAGAAGGUGGUGUUAAAUUAAAAGGUCCACAAGUCAAGGAAGGAAAGAUAGAAAUGCCUGAUAUCGAUGUCUCACUUCCCAAAGGAAAAAUUGAAGGCGGCCUUGAGCUCGAAGGCACUGAUUUUAAAGGAGGAAAGUUCAAAAUGACAACGUUGGAUGUUUCUUUACCAAAAGUCAAUUUUCCAGAGGGUGGUGUCAAAUUAAAAGGUCCUGAAAUCAAAGGAAAAAUGAAAAUUCCAGAGGCUGACGUUUCAGUUCCAAAGGUUGAGGGAGAUUUUGACAUUGAAGGCCCUGAUUUUAAAGGAGGAAAGUUUAAAAUUCCAAAAAUGGAUGUGUCUUUACCAAGAGUCAAUCUUCCAGAGGGUGGUGUCAAACUAAAAAGUCCUGAAAUAAAAGGAAAAAUGAAAAUUCCAGAAGUUGACGUCUCGACUCCAAAAUGUGAGGGAGAUUUUGACAUUGAAGGCCCUGGUUUCAGGGAAGGAAAGUUUAAAAUUCCAACGUUGGAUGUUUCUUUACCAAAGGUAAAUCUUCCAGAGGGUGGUGUCAAACUGAAAGGUCCCAAAAUCAAAGGAAAAGUGCAAAUUCCAGAAGUUGACAUCUCUACUCCAAACGUUGAGGGGGGGUUUGACAUUGAAGGCCCUGAUGUCAAAGAAGGAAUGUUCAAAAUGCCAACAUUGGAUGUUUCCUUACCAAAAGUCGAUUUCCCAAAGGGGGGGAUCAAACUAGAAGGUCCUGAACUCCAGGGAGGGAAGAUGGAAAUUCCAGACGUUGAUGUCUCACUUCCCAAAGUUGAAGGUGAUGUUCAUCUUAAAGGCCCUGAUGUCAAAGGAGGAAAAUUCAAAAUGCCAACGUUGGAUGUUUCUUUACCAAAAGUCAAUUUUCCAGAGGGUGGUAUCAAACUAAAGGGCCCAGAACUCAAGGGAGGAAAGAUAGAAAUUCCAGACGUUGAUAUAUCACAUGAAAAAGGCAAAGUGGAAGCAGGUGUUGAUCUUGAAGGCCCUGGCAUCAAAGGAGGAAAGUUCAAAAUGCCAAUAGUUGAUGUGUCUUUACCAAAAGCCAAUCUUCCAGAGGGCGGUAUCAAACUAAAGAGGCCAGAGUUCAGUGGGGGAAAGAUUGACAUGCCAGACUUUGAUACAUCAUUCCCCAAAGGAAAAGCAGAAGGAGAAGCAGGAAUUGAAGGCAAAGUUGGCAAAGGAGGAAAGUUUCACAUGCCCUCAGUAGAUAUUUCCAUCCCCAAAAUGAAAACAAAAGGUCCAGAGAUGAAUAUCGAAGGUCCCGAAUUUAAAGGUGGAGAUAUCACUAUGCCAACGGUUGACAUUUCUGAUGCAAAAUUUGAAGGAGACCUUGGGUUUGAAAACCCUGACUUUAAAGGAGGAAAGAUCAACAUACCAACAAUUGAUGUUUCUUUACCAAAGGUCAAUAUUCCAGAACGUGACGUCAAACUAAAAGGUCCCGAAAUCAAAGGAAAAAUGAAAAUUCCAGAGGUUGAUGUCUCAGUUCCAAAGGUUGAGGGAGAUUUUGACAUUGAAGGCCCUGAUAUCAAAGGAAGAAAGUUCAAAAUGCCAACGUUGGAUGUAUCAUUACCAAAGGUCAAUAUUCCAGAGGGUGCCGUCAAACUAAAAGGUCCUGAAAUCAAAGGAACAAUGAAAAUUCCAGAGGUUGAUGUCUCAGUUCCAAAAGUUGAGGGAGAUUUUGACAUUGAAGGUCCUGAUGUCAAGGGGGGAAAGUUCAAAAUGCCAGCAUUGGAUGUUUCAUUACUAAAUGUCAAUCUUCCAGAUAGUGGUGUUAAGAUAAAAGGUCCAGACCUUGAGAUGAGGAAGAUCGACAUGCCAGACAUCGAUGUCUCAUUUCCUAAAGGAACAGUGGGAGGACAAAUAGGAAUUGAAGGCCAAGUUGGUAAAGGAGGAAAGUUUCAUAUGCCCUCUGUCGAUAUUUCUCUUCCUAAGAUUAAAACAAAGGGACAAGACAUAGAUGUUGAAGGUCCUGGUAUUAAAGGUUCCUUUCCCAAAAUAAAAUCUCCAGGAGUAGACGUCAGUUUGGAGGGCCCUGGUGUAAAAGUUGCCACCCCAUCAAUGGCAGGAGAAGUUUCAGUCGAAGGUUCCCAUAAACGUGGCACAGUCAAACUUCCGACUGUUGACAUCUCAGCUCCGAAGGUGGAUCUUGACUUUGGCCUCACCAAACCAAAAGGUGAUGAUGUGGAAGUUGCGCUUCUGAAGGCUGAAGGAAGCAGGCCUUCUUCUGGGGGAAGUUUUGAAUUGCCUAAUGUCUCACUGAAAGUCCCCAGUUUUACUCUUCCUAGGUUUAGUGGAAAGCGCAAAAGUGGUCAUUUGGAGGUGUCCGGACAAAGCUCUGAAGGUGACAUUUCUCUCGGGGCGCCAUCAAUUGAGUUGGACAGCAGAGUCAAAGGGAAACAAGCUCAACUCAAAAAGCCCCACUUUGGAGUAUCCAAAACAGAUGCAGAUGUGUCUGUGUCUUGUCCUGAAUUAGAUGUCAAUGUAAAACAGGGAGACGCGGACAUUCCUAAACCAAAUACCAAUGCUGAUGUGGAAAGUAAAGGUCGAUUCCAUGCACCUGAUGUCACUAUCAAAUUCCCAAAAUUCUCCAUGCCAGGAUUUGCUUCAAAAGAUUUAGGAAAGUCAAGUGAUGACUUUGAAGCUAAGGCGAAAGCCAAGAUGCCCUCAGUUGAGCUAUCACUUCCUGCCACUAAAUCACCAGAAUUGGAGGUUCUUCUCCCAAAAGCAGAGUUGGACAUUUCAGAAGGUGACCUGAAAAUUCCCAAAAAGCCUGUGAUUGACGUGUCUGUUCCCAAAGUAGAUCUGGCUGUCCCACUUCCUAAAACUGACAAAGGUGGUUCACAUGUGAAGGGAGAACAUACAGGUCUGAAACUGAAAAUGCCAAGACUCGAUAUCAAAGGUCCAACUGGAGAUCCUGAGCUGGACGUGCGACUUCAGAAAGGAGAGACUAUGGUGGAAGUAUCUGACUUAGAAACCAAUAGCAAAAUCAAAGAGCCCAAAGUCAAGGGUACAAAGUUCAAUAUUGGAAUGCCAAAAAAGAAAAAUGGUGGCGGUGUAAAAGUUGAGCACAAAAUAACUAAAACUGGUAUCUAUGGUCCAACAUCCACAAGCCACAAUGGACACAAAGACGGAAACAUUAAUGUCCAAAUACCCAGUCUUACAUUACCAAGUGGAAGUAUACAAAGCAAAGAAGGUUCAGCAGAAUGUGGUCUCCCAUCGUCAUCUACUACAGUCCCCAGAAUUCCAGACAUCGAUUUUGAUAUUGGCACAGCACAGGACGAAGAAGAGGAAAAAUCAGGCAAGAAGAUAAAAAUCCCCAAGUUUGGUGUUCCGCUACCCUCCCUUUCUUCCCCGGAAGGUCGGCUGGAGAUCUGUGGAACGGAGAGCAAAUACGAGGGCCCCAAGGUUCCCAAAGUAAAGAAAGCAGUUUUUGUUUUGGUGAACCCCCCUCAAACUGACGAUGUAACUUUAUAUACAGAUGACGCCAAGGUGAAGAUUCCAAAGUUCCAAACAAAGUCCACAGAAACACCAAAGUCAGGUGACGUUCCACUCAAGGGAGAAUGUCCAAGUUCACGGUUCCACUUUGAGAAAGAUUCAAGUCCUCACAUGGGCUACAAAGUUGAUGACGUGGCAGCGAGUGGAAAAGUCAAACUUCCAAAGGUAGAAUUCACUUCUCCUUAUGGCAAGAAACCUGCAGGUGACACCAACUUGGAAAUAACAACCAGAUUUGGAAAACCUUCAUUAUCAGGGAAAGACACUAAAGGGCUCCAUAUAAAACCGGGCAAGGUCUCAUUUGGAGAUUUUCCUGAGGAGUCUUCAACGGAAGUGGUCUCACACCACUCCAGAACGGAAAGGCUUGAACGUGACAUCUCUGGAUCGCCAGAUGAUUUUACCAUGAAAUUCAGCUCGACAAAGGUUCAAUCCUGGAGCGAGGAAGACACUAGAGGAGACAUCCAAGGGAGAAAUUCUCCUCCGUGGUCCAAGGCCCCCAAAUUCACCCUCAAGCCACACUCCACAGGCUUCCUGCAGAUCACGCCGGAGGGGUCUCCUCAGGCUCAGCGGCUAGGAGAGCUGGGAGGUGAGGCCGUCUCGGGCUCAUUCUGCCUGCGCACCUCCGACGUCACAACAAGAGAAGUGUCCUCACUGGGGGGAGGAGCCUCAGUUACCAUGGUGACAACGACCACCAGGACGACGCGGCACGCCAAAUCAACUGGGACGACUGCGGGAGACCCGGUGGGGACCACUCAGCCGCCAUCAGACCUCUGAGGCGCCGGACACACCUGCAAAAUAGAGGUUUUCAUUAUGGUACAGACAAUCCCCAAUUUAGGAACAAGUUAGGCUCCCGAAGGCUGUUCGCCAAGGAUUUUUAAACUUUUUGUCAUUUUUCUAUUGUCACAACAUGUUAGUUAGCAUCUGUUUUUGUUCUUGUGAUGUUGUUUCUCUAAAACCUAGUUUAACAAUGAGUAUUGUAAUCAUAUAAUGUACUCAUGUAAUUAUAGACCUGCUGUACACGUACUAUAUGUAAAUUGUCUUUGGCACAAGAUCAGGGGCGUCCAAAGUAAUCCAAAAAUGGCUUCAGUGGAUAAAGGUUUUCAUUGCAACCGAUCAAGAGGACACCUUUUCACGAAUGUUAUGUCUUACAACUUAGUGUAAUCAGUUAAUUGCAAUUGGGCGAUGCUUGCAUCAGCAGAAGUCUCAUUGGUUAGACUGUCUAUGCUGGAUUGGUUGGAACUAGGGCUGUCAAACGAUUAAAAUUUUUAAUCGAGUUAAUUACAGCUUAAAAAUUAAUUAAUCGUAAUUUAUCGCAAUUCAAAACAUGUAUAAAAUAUGCCAUAUUUUUCUGUAAAUUAUUGUUGGAAUGGAAAGAUAAGACACAAGACGGAUAUAUACAUUCAACAUACGGUACAUAAGUACUGUAUUUGUUUAUUAUAACGAUAAAUCAACAAGAUGGCAUUAACAUUAUUAACAUUCUCUUAAAACGAUUCAUGGAUAGAAAGACUUGUAGUUCUUAAAAGAUAAAUGUUAGUACAAGUUAUAGAAAUUUUAUACUAAAACCCCUCUUAAUGUUUUCGUUUUAUUCAAAUUUGUAAAAUUUUCAAUCAAAAAAUAAACUAGUAGCUCGCCAUUGUUGAUGUCAAUAAUUACACCAUGCUCACUCAUUGUGCUCGAACCCAUAAAAUCAUUUGGACCCAAGCGCCAGCAGAGGGCGCCAAACACCAAAAAACAAGUAACAAGCGGACAUUACACUGCUGUCAUGUUUAAUCUGUUUGAUCGGGGCAUGUGCGUUAAUUGCGUCAAAUAUUUUAACGUGAUUAAUUUUAAAAAUUCAUUACCGCCCAUUAAUGCGAUAAUUUUGACAGCCCUAGAUGGAACAAAAACCAGAGGUCCUGUUUUGGAUAUUAUGAAAAGUGCGCUGAAUUGAAUAAAAUUCAUAUAUUCAUCUAUGCUGUAAAAAUCCAGAAAAAAAAUCACUUAAAAAUCUAUGGAGUGGAUGUGCGAAAAAUGAACUGUAUUAUAGCGAAGGUGACUUCAAAACACAAUUUAACACUAAAGUGUUUACAAGUUUGAAAGUAAUUGGAAUGUUCAUAAGUAGGGGAGUGUCUGUACACAUUGGAAAACUCAAGCAAGCAGCAUUAUUAGCAGAGUAAUAUAUAUUUACUUUUUCAUCUCUAACUGUGCCAUUUUUUCUUACUGGAUCUCCAAGUGUGUUAGUGUAGUUUGGAGUUAUUUUCAAGAUUUUACACAGUAUGUCAAAGAGAUUUUUUUUGUGGAGCAAUUUCAUUGUAGUUGUAGUUACAUUUGACAGAACUACCAAAGAACGAUGUAAAUACAAGUAUGUCCCAUGUGGUUAUAAUUCAUUCGAUAGAAAGAAGUAGAAAGGUUUGUCACUUUGGUUUGUGUCUUUGAGGCUUCUUUGGGAUUUUGGCACAUUUUGUAUUUUUAGAUCAGCAGUCAUGCUUUGAAAAAAUCUCUAACCUGUAAAAAAAAAGUUCAUUUGUCCAAACUGCUGUUGUUGUAGUUCAUAUCUGUAUUUCGAUCAUAUUUUCGCAGCUUCUGGCUAAAUUUGAAUGCAUCCUUCACAGUUACAUUGAUCGCUUUCCCUGGUCAUUACAAAUGAAUUGCUUGUACGUCCGUGUAGUGUAUAUAUAGCUCACUCCAUAUUUGCAACUUAAAUAGUGUUUCUUAGAGUACAAAUUACUGUUUUUAGUAGAUUCUGAAAAACAGAAAACAUCUGACCACACAGGUUGUUCCCAUUUCCUUUGACACAUUUGAUAUUGUAUAUGCAUUUAUAUUUUUGAUUUUGGUUGCUGUGCCUGUUUUGCAGGUGAAAUUUAAAUUUUACUACACAUUUUUUCAAAUGCUGGAUGAAGAGUAUAUGUCAGUACACACUGAAACGUUUGUCUGUGUAGAAACAAUGAAUUUAUUAGUUUGAACUUGUUUAUGUGCUAAAUGUUGCGUUGUCACAACUGUAUUGAAGAGACUGUUGGUGAAGAGGUUAAAUAAAAAUGUAUUCAUUUUAAGCAUCAUGUAUAUUUCAAUGACAGUGUAAAAGGCUGCAACACUGGUGUGAUUCAAAACAAACGUCACUAAAUAUUUAACUAGCAGGCAGAUGUGGCGGCUCUACAGAAUUCAAAUGGCCCAACAAAUGAUAUACACAUGAGUACCCUUAGCACAGCUAGCAAAUAUAUAUAUGGCGAAAAACACAGACAAGGCUGAAAAAGCAGUUUCUGCUCUUGCACCCCUCUUUAAAAUAAACUGCUAUAUUUUAAGCCGAAAGAACUGUUGUGUUUGAUAGAACAACAUGUCUAUAUGUUGCCAUAGCAGUUUCAUGGCGCAUUAAAGAGCAUACGACAGGAGAAACAAAAGU